CCCUUGUAAAAUACAAAAUACAACCAUGGUAAAAAAAGAUACAUUAUACUGUCUCGUCUACAAUGUUAUAGUACUUGUAUUGAUGUAGUAUUAUGUAUGAGUAGACAUAACUAAUUCGUCAUUAAGUUGCGUCGGGGACACCCUUUUGCGCAAAACAAACACCUCGCAAAGGCGCUCAGUUGGAAAGUGCUUGUGCCUCAGUGUGAGCAAGAGCCUUGUCAAGCUAGUCUGUGUGCGCGAUGGAAGGCAGCGGCAGGGCUUCGUGGGUGAAAUAUGGGCCUUUGGUGUCUUUAUUUGUGCUCUUUUUAGCCAUUUGGUUUCGGUCACCUGACCGUGGGGUACUGGACGACCGGCUGGACACCGUGUUGUCCUCGCUGCUGCGCGCCGAACGCAAAGUCGGCAUUAAUGACGUCGCCAGACCGAAGGUGGCUAUUGGUUUUGGUGGCUGCGUGGACCUGAUCGUGGAUGCAGUGUCGCUGCUCAAUAAGAUUGGCAUCACUCCUGCCGACCAGCCGCUGCAUCAUGACGUUAUAGAUAGUGCUGAGCAGCUGUCUCAGAGCUUCGCCUACUUCUUUGCACCUGGAGCUGCUGCGGAGCGCUUUGUGCUGAAUGAGACACUCUUCAGCGAGUUAGUCGACGCGUCCCGGGACCUACCUGGAAACAGGUGGGCGGUGGGCGGCAACGCCCCUGUCAUAGCAGGCCGUAUGGCAACCGAGGGCUGUGACGUGUUGCUAGGGGGAAGCUUUAGCCACGACUUUACUGAUGUCCUAUCGCAGCACAUCACCGUGGCAGGCAACAUUGUAGACGAGCCUGACAUUCAUCUCAUCCUGGAGUAUCCAUCUGGAGCAACAUGGGGGCACUAUUCCUCCCGUAGAGCCAACAGGUACAUCGUCCACAGUGAUGACCAUAAUCCCUACCUGGCGUCCAUGGAAGAGUUUGACAAGAAGCUCCAAGACUUUAAUCCUGACCUUCUCGUUGUGGGCGGCUUACAAAUGAUGGACAACUUCCCCUUCCAGUCAGGUGAGCGUGGCGCUUUGCUCUCCCGCCUGGCAGAAGUGCUCGUCUCCUCCACUCCCACCAUCGGUGUUCACUUUGAGAUGGCCAGCUUUGUAGAGGAGAGCAUAAUGGAAGACCUGCUUUAUUACGUCAUUCCUCAUGCGGACUCUUUAGGCAUGAAUGAGCAGGAGCUCCCCAACCUGCUGAGUUCACUGAAAGGCUCCAACAUCACCGUGCUGUCAGACCCAAACCCUCGUGUCGCCACCGUGCUGGACCAGAUGAGGGAGGUCUACCGCCUGGUCAACCAACGCUACAAAGACGCCAGCGCGCAGGCUGACGACGCCCACACCUGGAGCAAACCGCUGACCCGCCUGCACGUGCACACGUUAGCCUUCCAGGCCAUGAUCGUGACUCGAGGCUCCCAGUGGAAGAACACCAUGUCGGCCACCGCCAAAGCCUCGCUGACGGCCAAUCGCCACGUGUGCGGCUCCAACGACAUCGACCCCAACAAGGCCCGCCUCAUCAUGGACGACUCUUUCUCCGUCAGCCGGCGGGAGGGAAGCCAGCGCAUCGCCUUGCAGGAGAGUCGGCCCGUCAGCUGCUGGGAGGAGGACGACUAUGAAAUCUGCGUGGCACCCGUACUGGUGUGCACGGAGGUGUACCAGACGGCGGGUGGAGGAGACAACAUCUCAGCUGCUGGCCUGGUGCUGCAGAUCUAAGCACACUCACACCCCGCUAGCAAUGUUGUGAUGCAACAUGUUUGUUGGAGCAACACUGGCUUGGACUCCAUGGACCACAAGCUCUUUCUAGACCUUUCCAGUAAGUCUACAUUGGCUCCUCAGUGAUAAAGAUAUGCAUUUAGUAUUUUUUAGUCAGAGUUGAACCCGUCUUCCUGACACACUUCCCUUUACACACCAUUUUUGUCUUUGUAGUCAUGUGACUUUAAGUCAGACAUGUUGAAUCUGGAGUCAAUUUAAAUUGAAUGCUGCCAGUGUUGCAUCAUUUUAUGCAAAUUAAAAAAACUUAGUUUUUUUUCUACAUACUUACAGUUUAAAAGUUCCAAUUAAAUAUGACUAAAUGUGCAGGCCAGUCUUAUUUGCUUGAUCAUCAUAUCUUUGCAGUGAGGCUCAAUCCUGGUACCUUCCUCUCGCAUCUUAUUUGAAAACAGAAUCUAACGCUAGAUCAGAGGAUUUCAACGGUUGGGGCUCCCUAAAAAUUGAGUUGUCUGCUCUUCAUAGACUGUUUACACUUCUACUGUCGGAACUAAAAAUCUAAGUAUUCAUUUUAUCACAAGUGAAGGUAUGUUGGCACCCUCCCAGUGCAUGUGAAAGAAUGUUUAAUGUUUUCAAAUGAUGCAACAGUCAGAUGCUGGAUUCCUUUUUCUUUCCUUUUUAUAUAAUCACAUUGUAUGUGUGUGACUCUUUUAGGACCAAAUAGUCCGCAAGGACUGCCUCUAGAACCAUUCCUGAUCCUCCAUGCUUUUUAUUUCUUCACCACUUUCCUAAAUCUUCAUUUCAGUCCACGUUUCCAUGCAUCACUGCAAUACUUGCAACGCUGUUGUAUGAGGUAAAAAAAAAAAAAAAAAAGGAUGCCUCCAUUAAUUGAUGUUCUCUACAUCAUAUUAGUCUGAUGCUGUACUGAGAAUAUAUGCUGGAUGUCGAUGAGCCUUAAUUCCUUGAAGGGAAUCUUUUGGGUAUUCUCCUUUUGUGAUGGCAAGCUAAGCUGAACAUUAACGGGUCAUGUUUUUACUGUGAAAUUGUGGUGGUUUUUGGGUUCAAAGAAUGUCAGCAUGAAUUCAUACUGAUGUUUGCAAACAUUUCUCUUAUCCACAGUCGGGAUAAGUGGCAUCGUUGGAAAAGCAGUUUGUAACUUUUUCAUGCACGUUAACUAACUUUAUUGUGAUUAAAUGCUGACACAGCAA